AUGAGUCAACGUCAAUGUAUCCCCACCAUGUCAAUAGGACCGCUAUUGUUAGUCAUCCUUCUGGUAUUCGGUCAAUUGAUAUCGGCAAAUGAACAUGGAUCAGGAAUGGAUAGAAGGCUGAACCAUACUAGGCGAGAGAGGUUAAAAAGACAGAUUCAAUUAGAUAUAAAUGGUUUGGAUAUUGGUGCUGACUUAGGGCUAGAUGGAUUACUUGGGAUUUCUUCCACUUCAUCUGUCGUACCUACCUCUACAGCGACGUCAACCUCGACAUCUGAGUCUACUAUUGAGUCUUCUUCAGAAGCCUCAACUUCACCAUCCGGGUCAGUCAAACCUACUCUAGCAUUGACUACCUCUACCAUCGAAUCGACUUCGACUGCUACCUCUGAGGCAAUCUCGACUUCUUCCUCAACAGUCGAACCUACGUCCACGCCAGGCUCAACAGCAGAAGCAACCCCAGCGUCAACUUCAACUACUGAAACAACUCCGGCAACAACUUCAAGUGCUGCAGCAGUUCCCGCUACCACAUCGACCGCUGAUGCAGCUCCAACAUCCACUCAACCAGAUGUAACAUCUGACGCGACAACGACAGCUGAUACAGCAAGUAACACAAUAUACGUAUUUGCCAGUGCAAGGGAAGUAUCCGAGAAGCAUAGUCGGGUAAGAAAAGUGCAUGAAGUCAUAAACCAGAGACGGCAAGAGGUAUCGAGUCAAGAUGGAGAUAAUCCUGUAACGUCAAUCCCGACUGCGAUCUCCACUAAUUCCGCAAGUACGAGCAUUUGGUCAAAUUCCGAAGCAGCCACUCAACUACCAAACAGCCAAAUUUCCUCAGUACCCUCUGCUUCGAGCGCAUCAUGGGAUCAAUCUGCCACAGCGCAAUCCAGUGAACCAGAAACAUUUUCAUCAAGCGAAUCUGCCAAUUCUGCUUCAAGCUGGAUAUCAACCUCUUCCACGUCUUCCGCUAUCGAAAACUCAAAAGACCGGACGAGUAGAACUCUCAUGUCAACCAGUUCCUGGGUGAACCCAGCGACUAACCCAACGAGCGACAAAAGAAUCUCUGAUUGGAGUUCCACAACCGCAGCGUCAAGCGAUUCUUUGACAUCGGAGUGGUCAUCGGCUACUCCCAAUGAAUCCUCUACUUCUUCCAUGUCAUCGGAGCUCUCUUCCACCUCUAUCAGCAUCACGACAUCCGCUGAUACAACAUGGACCUCAACGACCUUUUUCUCGUCUACGGCAUCAACGCUACCCUCUUCUUCUUCGGCUAGGAGCUCUUCCGCUGGUUCACCAUCUCAGUCCUGGGAAUUAGGUGGUACCGUCAUAUCCACGACAUCCUUAUAUGGAAAGUAUGGGUCGACCUCGACAAGCUUGCCUUCAUCGCAAGCGACAUCCUUUCCUCAAUCAAGUACGAGUGGUGAUACAACGACUAGUCUCCUAUCAUCUACCUCUAAGACUGGCAUAUCUAAAACCGAGGCCGGCUCAACCGACUCGAAUACCGCAUUUAUCACACAAAAGUUUUCCAGCACGGCCUCAAGUGCAUCAAAAACAUUGCUCCAAGGACAGACAACACCCGCAAUAUUUGCUGAGUCAUCCCUCAAGGGUUCGCCCAUCUCCACAUCGGACUUGUCAUUGUCUUCAUUUACCACAGGGUGGGAUAGCUCGACUACGUCUGGUGUCUCUUCGCCCAUAACGACAAUGCCUUCCAAUCCUGAACUUCUUGAGGGCGGAAGUAGCAGUUCAUUCUGGUCAGAUACAACGUCCGUCACAGUGGUCUCAGCUUGGGGCCCAGACUCUACCUGGCCAACUUGGAACACGAGCAAGCCGCCUACUGGUGCAACUGUCACUUCUGUCUCAACGUUACUUGAUGGACAAGUGUCCACUGUCACACUCUCCUCUUCUGAUCCAGGUUCGACGAGCUUUUUCAGUAACGUAAAUACAUGGACAAGCACGUCAAGCUUCAUCUCCGGUGGACAGAACCUCCCCUCAUCGACUUGGUCAGACGCGACUGGCAACUGGUCGACUCUGACUUCAACGUCCUUGGUGUCUCCCACGAACGGGGCAUCAAGCAUAACAAGGUCUUGGAACGGGUCUUCUGCCGCGUCACAAACGACAACUUCAAGUUGGUCCUCCACAACGUCGUCUGCGAAUUGGAUACCUUCUUCUUCAUUCACUUGGUCUGCUAUUUCUACAUCUUCGUCUUAUACUUUCCCUUCGAUUUCGCUUUCUUCUACUUUAUCAUUCAGUACAAUUUCCUCUUCAACUUCAGUUUCAAGUUCUUCCAUUUUUGAAAGUCCUCCACUGCCACUGCAAGCAUUUGCAAAGAAACCAGUCGCUAACGAUUCAACUCUAACUACAACAGCUUCGAAUUCCGCAUCAAGUACAUUGGAUUCAUCGAAUGUACCUACGUCCACUCCGGAUACCACGACUGUCGCGACUGAUGUAACGUCAGUUACUAGUGCCGAAAGCGCUGAGACUCCCGUUACUACUAAUGAUGCGCCCGAAUCUGCCACUGUUUCACCAUCUGCUGAAACAUCUCCUGCCACUAUGACUGAUACCCCUACGACGAGCGAAACUGCCGCGACACCAAUCGCAACUACAUCUGCUACAUCGGACCCAGCCACUUCAUCAGUAGAUUCAACAAAUCCAGUCAGUGUAGAUGAUACUGCUCCUUCGACAUCUGACAUCGCUCAACAGUCAUCAACUGCUGGUGCUGCUGCCACUGAAUCACCUGCUACCAGCGACAUCUCUUCGUCCACCAUCGAGAGUGCACCAUCAACCUUGGAUACUUUGUCAGCCACUCCAAUCGCAACGUCGACUACUGAUGUCGCUUCGACCGUACCCACCUCCAUUGAACCAGUUUUCAACCCAGUGACCAGUACAAGCGAAGAUUCAGCCCAAGUGCCUUCAGGCGCCUCGACCACAGUUGACUCCUAUUCGUCGUUUGCUGAGCCCACUCUCACACCUUCUACUACCUCACAAGCGGAAAGCGCUCCUGCGUCAUCAGCGGAUGCUUCAGCAAGUACCUAUAUGACCGAUGAGCCUGCCCCAUCAAGCGUGUCAUCGGCAAUUUCAUCAAACGACCCCGUCGCAACAGAUCCCUCAACCGUUUCAUCCCAGAACCCGCCCUCCACUUUCAAUGGUUCCGAGCCGACUUCAGCAUCGGCCAGUGCUACCGAUGACGAUGUGUCUGCCUCGUCUUCCCCUCACGUCACAUCGAGUGCAGAGUCUGGAUCGGCUCUCCCGUCAGAUGCCAUGAGUAGCUUUGGCUCAGUCACCUCCACGCCAGCGAUCAAUGGAACAGGUGCAACAACGUUUGAGCCUACUUCCACCAGUACCGAUUGGGAUUCAGCAUCAGUGACCUCCUCUAGUACCACGUAUGACUCCACCAGUACUACCGACGCAGCUUAUACACCAACUCAAACAUGGUUGAUUGGCAAUACCCAAGCAUCGAGUAGUGUCUUGUCGACACCCGAGUCUACUUCGGACACACCCACUAUCACUGGAACCAAAACCACUAUGACUACCAGCACGCCUUCCGUAGCGACAAUACCAAGUAGUAUGCCAACGUUGAUUGUUCCGGCGAAUUCGGUAGCCAACAACGCUCAAGCGGGCACCGGAGAAGAUUCUGAUCCGAUAAAAGACAACACCCUUAUCGCGAUUCUUCUUGCAGCAGAUUACUAUCCUUGGUGGUUUGUCGUUAACUCUUCCGAUGCAACUUCGCAAUUAUUCAAUACUUUCCCCACGUUGAUUGGUAAUGCACUCGAAAUCAACGCAUCAGACGUACAAACAUUCGGUCUCCAGGUAUACCAACCUGCAUCAUGGGACGGCGAUGAGGCUUCUCUCCUUACCCAAUACAUGUCUUAUAUCCCCACUAAAUACUUUGAUACUCUCAAUGCUUACAUCAAGACGUCGUCUUCGCCAUUGUACAAUCAAACCGGUAUCGAAGGUGCACUAGCGGCUCAGAUCAACACGGCUUAUCCCCUUGCAGCGUCUUCCGAGUCUGCCCCUACCUCCUCGACAACUACCAGUAAUCCUUCCUCUGGCAAUCGAAAACGAAACAUCAUUAUAGGUGUUUGUGUCGGUAUCGGCGGGUUACUAUGGAUUGCUCUGGUAUAUUGGAUAUACAAAAGAGUGAAAAAGUCAAACGAUAAAGCAGUUCACAAACGAUUAUCAGAACACAUGUCAAUGUUCGGAGAUCAUAGACCUAUGUCAGAAGUAUAUGCUCAAAGUGGUUGGGCAAACGAUUCAAGAAGAGUUUCAUCGGUACCUUCCAUAGCAGCAAGUGAAGUUGAUGAUAGACCGAGUUCAUUUUACGCUUCACCAUUUGAGAAUGAUAGAUCAAUGAGAGAACAACAGAGGUUAGAAAGAGAAAGUUAUUCGAAUUAUUCAGGAUCUGGUUCGAAUAAUUCUAGAUCACCUACGAACCCAAAUUAUGGUCCAUCAGUAUUCGGUUCAUCAUGGUUUCAAAAUCCCCAACCUCAAAAUAAUCAAAAUCCAUCUCAACAAGGUCAUCAAGGUAGACAAAGGAUUUCACAGAAUCCAUUCGAGGAUAUAGCUACUCGAUCAUACCUAGGUACUACAUCGUCAAACUCUGGAUCGUUGAAUUCACCUGCAAUGGCCAAAAGAAGAAGUGCAGUUGGCAAACCCGUUUCGAAAGCUUUGAUUUCCAAUCCAACUUUACAAGCUAAUUCAUUGGAAUUCAGAGAUUAUGGAACAUUGUAUUAG